AACCCUACAUAGAAACAGACUUUUCAAAACCUCGGCCUCUCUGUGCUUUGCUUCUCUGGUUUUCUGAGAUGGCUAAGCGUUUUAUUCCACUGCUGAAUCGCGUUUUGAUCGAGAAAGUCGUCCCUCCUGCCAAAACCAAUGCCGGAAUCUUGCUUCCUGAGAAGGCCACCAAGAUGAACUCUGGAAAAGUUGUGGCUGUGGGUUCCGGGCUUCGUGAUAGAGAGGGAAACUUGAUCCCCGUUAGCGUAAAAGAAGGAGACACUGUCCUUUUACCUGAAUUUGGCGGAACUCAAGUGAAGCUUGGUGAUAAAGACUAUCAUCUGUAUCGGGAUGAAGAUAUAUUGGGGACACUUCUUGAAUAAUGUACUACUAUAUGACCUGUGACUUUAUGCUCCAUGUUGAAAUAGUUCAUGAUACGUCUUAGUAGAUCUGAGUCAUCUGGUAACAAUUAGUAUUUUACCUUAUCCUGCUAUUGGGCAUUUCAAUUCUGCUUUGUGCUUUUCCUUUAGAUGAAAGAAACUUAAACUUUUCUGUUAUCUGAGUAAGGAUAUUCAUGACAAUAACAUCUUUUUUUUACUACA